UACGCACAGGCUGCUGGGAUGCCGCUUUUCCCUUUUCGGUCUUCCAGUUUCCCGGCGUGCUUCGGGCCCGCCAAAUGGGAGGGGGAGACGCAAGAUGGCGGCAGCCGCGAACUCCGGCUCCAGCCUCCCGCUGUUCGACUGCCCAACCUGGGCAGGUAAGCCCCCUCCCGGUUUACAUCUGGAUGUAGUCAAAGGAGACAAACUAAUUGAGAAACUGAUUAUUGAUGAGAAGAAGUAUUACUUAUUUGGGAGAAACCCUGAUUUGUGUGACUUUACCAUUGACCACCAGUCUUGCUCUCGGGUCCAUGCUGCACUUGUCUACCACAAGCAUCUGAAGAGAGUUUUCCUGAUAGAUCUCAACAGUACACACGGCACUUUCUUGGGUCACAUUCGGUUGGAACCUCACAAGCCUCAGCAAAUUCCCAUCGAUUCCACGGUCUCAUUUGGCGCAUCCACAAGGGCAUACACUCUGCGCGAGAAGCCUCAGACAUUGCCAUCGGCUGUGAAAGGAGAUGAGAAGAUGGGUGGAGAGGAUGAUGAACUCAAGGGCUUACUGGGGCUUCCAGAGGAGGAAACUGAGCUUGAUAACCUGACAGAGUUCAACACUGCCCACAACAAGCGGAUUUCUACCCUUACCAUUGAGGAGGGAAAUCUGGACAUUCAAAGACCAAAGAGGAAGAGGAAGAACUCGCGGGUGACAUUCAGUGAGGAUGAUGAGAUCAUCAAUCCAGGUGAGGUAUCUUCCUGGUUUAUUCUGAUGAAAAAGCUGUGGUUGGCCCGGGCGCAAGGGGUGCAGAGAGAAGCCCACCUUCUUUUGUCCUUUCUCUUUGGCCUCAAAAAGAAGCGUGUGGAGGGCCCAGGCUCCCUGGGCCUGGAGGAAUCAGGGAGCAGGCGCAUGCAGAACUUUGCCUUCAGUGGAGGACUUUACGGGGGCCUGCCCCCUACACACAGUGAAGCAGGCUCCCAGCCACAUGGCAUCCACGGGACAGCACUUAUCGGUGGCUUGCCCAUGCCAUACCCAAACCUUGCCCCUGAUGUGGACUUGACUCCUGUUGUGCCGUCAGCAGUGAACAUGAACCCUGCACCAAACCCUGCAGUCUAUAACCCUGAAGCUGUAAAUGAACCCAAGAAGAAGAAGUAUGCAAAAGAGGCUUGGCCAGGCAAGAAGCCCACACCUUCCUUACUGAUUUGAUAUUUUUGGUCAUGGAGAGGGGUGGGAUUGGGUGGGAAUGGGGUGGAAGGGUGAUGGGGAGCUAAUGAACUAGGGAGAAAAACUUUCCAUGUGUGCGGUAUCGUCUUUCAGAAUGUCUCCUGGCAUCCUAACCAUGUAAUAUGAAAAUUGGGGGUGGGGUUGAAAUAGCCCAUAAAGACCUGUCUUCACAACACUUGCAGUGUAAGAAAGGCUCCUUAUAUCCUUUUCAAUAGACUGCCCUGGCUCUUUCCUAGGCCUUCCACUACCUCCUUUCUCCCACUUUCCAGGAUCAUUUUUAUGUAAAGUCACAUAUCCCAGGCCCUCAGGUUGAAUCCAGUGCUGUCGAGGUUACAGUAGCAUCACCAGCCUUGGGGGUCCAGCAGCCUGAUUUAUGUUCACUACCUUUGCAAGUCCCAGGUAGCAGAAGGGUUGCCAUGGAUCUCAAAUUGAUCAAAAAGAAGACUUAGAAGUCUGCAGUUAAGUUGAGGUUUAAACUAAAAAAUGUUUCCUUGGGUCAGUGGUUUUGAGGUCCAAUAGUUAGGCUUUUCUCUUUUGUCCUUCCUCUUUUGGAGUGAAAACAGUUCAAUUUUCCUUCGUCUGUGACUGGUGCCAUAGACACAGGUUUAUAGUUUUAACUUACAGUAUUGUUUGAACUCUACCUGUUUUUCUUGUCAAACCUGAGCACUCCACUUGCUGAAGUUUCUUAUUUAAUUCCAGAGUACUGUCCUCUACUCUAAGGUAUUACUUUUAAGUGUAUUAUGAAGGCAAUUUUCAAAGGAUAUAACCGGUUGGGGUAAUUCAAAAUAAAAAGGAAAAGAUUUUUUUGCAAGUAACUGGUGUCUCUAAGAGGAAUUUUUAGAUGUCAGUUUGGAGGCUCUUUCCCCCCCAAUUGAGAGCUCUUGUUAUUGAGAGCUCUGAGACUAGACCUGGCUAACAAACAUAGGAGACAAAGUUAGGAAACAUUGAUACAAGCUUUGUACAGAGAUUUGUACAUUUGUGUAAUAGGCCUUUUCAUGCUUUAUGUGUAGCUUUUUACCUGUAACCUUUAUUACAUUGUAAAUUAAACGUAACUUUUGUCAUUUGGGUGCAGUCUGUGAAUUUGUCUCUCAGUCACUGAUUGCCACUGCUGUCGGGGAAUGUUUGCUAAAGGCAUGGUCACUGAGCUUGGGAGGCAAUGCUCCAUCCCCAUUUUAUUACAAAUAAAGAUGCCCCUAAAUGAG